AAUACGAGUCUUAAUGAAGCGAUUCUUUCUUUUAUUUGGACUUUUCUGGGUCGUUCUGUCUGACCCUCCGUCGUGUGGAGAACAGACCCGCAGUUCACCGUGUUUGGACUAAAUAAAGAAACUGGACGGAUUUAUUCAGGCUGUUUGUGAAUGAGAGUGAAGAGAGAUAAACAUUCCUCUGGAUUUUCCCACUGCUUUUGCUUUCUGUGCUCUUGGUUUCCCAGGAUUUGCUGUGUGAGUUCUUUCAGGAUUUCUAAUGUGACCAAGAGCAUCAGGAAAGGAGAAUCCGGAGGAGUUUUAUCUCUUCCUUCCUCUGAUCGCUGCAGCCCGAGCGUCCCGUCGUCUAUCGAGCGGUGCGCUCAGUGGUGAUCACUUCCUGUCGGGGGCAGGUGUAGAGAGGGAGGUGUGCAUGUCUCAGGCUCUGACAUCAUCAUGACACAAGCGUGACCUGAUUGGAUCAGAAGAGUCUCCGCUCUGGCUUCUAACCCUGAGAUGUAAACUGCAGAAUGAACCUUCAGAAAAGGUCUCAGGGGAGAGAAUGUUCCAUUGACCUUCACAUCUGCAACCUCAAGCUGUUCAGUUGGAAACAGUAUUUGGGCUUAGAAAGGUUGUGAGAGGUGAAUAGGAGACUCUCAGCGUUUGUGCCAUCGCGGCGGCCGAAGCUCGUCUGUGCUAACGAUAACGAUGCCAACCCUGCUGCUUCUUCUGCUCGCCUCCGUACCUCUCCUCACACACGCAGACGCACCGCCCAAGUUUUUAAGGACCCCCAGCGACCAGAUGGGCGUGCAGGGCGGCGUGGCCUCGUUCGUCUGCCAGGCCACGGGCGACCCGCGACCCAAGAUCGUCUGGAACAAGAAGGGGAAGAAGGUCAGCAACCAGCGCUUUGAGGUGAUAGAGUUUGACGACGGCUCGGGCUCUGUGCUGAGAAUCCAGCCCUUACGCACGCCGCGGGAUGAAGCCAUAUACGAAUGCGUGGCCUCCAACAGCUUCGGAGAGAUCAGCGCCACCACGCGCCUCACCGUCCUGCGUGAGGACCAGCUCCCUGCAGGGUUCCCCACUAUAGACAUGGGUCCCCAGCUGAAGGUGGUGGAGCGAACCCGCACCGCCACCAUGCUGUGCGCGGCCAGCGGUAACCCCGACCCGGACAUCACCUGGUUUAAAGACUUCCUCCCGGUCAACACCAGCAACAACAACGGACGAAUCAAACAGCUCCGAUCAGGUGGUACGCCGAUACGAGGAGCUUUGCAGAUCGAACACAGCGAGGAGUCGGACCAAGGGAAAUACGAAUGUGUGGCUACGAAUAACGACGGCACACGCUACUCCGCCCCGGCUAACUUAUACGUACGAGUCCGGCGGGUUCCACCACGUUUCUCCAUCCCACCCACGGACAACGAGAUCAUGCCAGGGGGCAGCGUGAACAUCACCUGCGUGGCCGUGGGCUCGCCCAUGCCCUACGUCAAGUGGAUGCUGGGCACGGAGGACCUGACCCCGGAGGACGACAUGCCCAUCGGGCGCAACGUCCUGGAGCUGACCGACGUCCGGCAGUCGGCCAACUACACGUGCGUGGCCAUGUCAACACUGGGCGUCCUGGAGGCCGUGGCGCAGAUCACGGUUAAAGCCUUACCGAAGCCACCGGGAGUCCCUGUGGUGACGGAACGCACUGCGACCAGCAUCACCCUCACGUGGGACUCUGGGAACCCGGAACCCGUGUCCUACUACAUCAUCCAGCACAAGUCGAAAUAUUCGGAAGACUCGUACAAAGAGAUCGACGGUGUCGCCACCACCCGCUACAGCGUGGGCGGCCUGAGCCCCUACUCCGACUACGAGUUCCGCGUGCUCGCCGUCAACAACAUCGGUCGCGGACCGGCCAGCGAAGCCAUCGAGGCCAAAACGGCCGAGCAGGCGCCCAGCACCGCCCCGCGCCAGGUCAGGGGUCGCAUGCUGAGCGCCACCACGGCCGUCAUCCACUGGGAGGAACCCGAAGAGGCUAACGGCCAGAUCAUGGGCUACAGGGUCUACUACACCAUGGAUCCCAGUCAGCACGUCAACCAGUGGGAGAAGCUGAUCGUCCGGAGCGGCAACUUCGUCACCAUCCACGGCCUGACGCCCAAUAAGACGUACUACAUCAAAGUGCUGGCGUACACAUCGGUGGGGGAUGGACCGCUCUCCUCAGACCUGCAGAUUAUCGCCAAGACUGGAGUUCCAUCCCAGCCGACCGACUUCAAAGCCGAAGCCAAAUCGGAAACCAGCAUCCUGCUGUCGUGGGUGGCGCCCCCUCAGACGGGCCAGGACAGCCAGAUCACCGGAUACGAGCUGAUUUACAAGAGGAAAGACGACAAGGAGGAGAAGCGCGUGAGCUUCGAACCCACCACCACCUACCUCCAGAAGGAUCUGAGACCCUUCACCACCUACACCUUCCAGCUGGCGGCGCGGAGCAGGCACGGCAUCGGCGCCUACACCAACGAGAUCUCGGCCGAGACGCCGCAGACACAACCUUCAGCGCCGCCGCAGGACGUCGUUUAUUCUAGCCACAGUUCCACCAGCAUUCUGGUUAGCUGGAAGCCGCCGCCGCCGGAGCUACAAAACGGGAUCGUUACCAAAUACACCGUACAGUACGCCGCCACCGAGGGGGAGGACACGUCGCUCCAGCAGGUCUCCGAAAUCCCGCCGGAGAAGACGCGCUAUCUGUUAGAAAACCUGGACAAAUGGACGGAAUACCGGGUGACCGUGAGCGCCCAUACAGACGCCGGAGCGGGGCCCGAGAGCCUGCCGCAGCUCGUCCGUACCGAGGAGGACGUUCCCAGCGGCCCGCCUCGUAAAGUCGAGGUGGAGGCUGUCAACUCCUCGUCCGUUAAGGUGCUGUGGCGAUCGCCGGUGCCCAACCGACAUCACGGCCAAAUCCGCGGCUACCAGGUGCAUUAUGUCAAGAUGCUUAACGGGGAGCCGGUGGGUCAUUCUGCCAUCAAGGACAUCCUGAUUGAUGAUGCCCAGUGGGAGUACGACGAUUCCACCGAAUAUGAAAUGGUCCUGGCCGACCUGCAGGCGGAGACCACGUACUCGGUCACCGUGGCCGCGUACACCACAAAAGGCGACGGCGCUCGCAGCAAACCCAAGCUGGUCACCACCACGGGUGCAGUCCCUGAGAAGCCUCGCCUGAUGGUCAGUCCCACCAACAUGGGCACGGCGCUGCUCCAAUGGCACCCCCCUCCGAACACACACGGCCCCCUUCAGGGCUACCGCCUCCGCUUCGGGCGCAAAGACGUGGAACCCCUGACGGUCAUCGAGUUCCCCGAGCGGGAAAACCACUACACCACCAAAGAGAUCCACAAGGGCGCGUCCUACACCUUCCGCCUCUCGGCCCGCAACAAGGUGGGCUUCGGCGAGGAGACGGUCAAGGAGAUCAGCACCCCCGAGGACGCGCCCUCCGGUUUCCCGCAGAACAUCGUGGCCGACAGCGGCACCACCACGACCAUCCGGGUCAGCUGGGAGCCCGUCCUGCUGGCCGAGCGGAACGGUAACGUGGUCAAGUACGCCCUCCAGUACAAAGACAUCAACAGUCCGCGGAGUCCCUCGGAGCUCUUCAUCACCGCCCCGGAGUCCACGGUCAUCCUGGACGGGCUCAAAGCCGACACCACGUACGAUAUCAAAAUGUGCGCCUUCACCGGCAAGGGCCCGGGGCCUUACAGCCCGAGCAUCCAGUUCCGAACCCAACCGCUUCAUCAAGCAGUGUUCGCAAAAAACUUCCACGUCAAAGCCGCCAUGAAGACCUCGGUGCUGCUGACCUGGGAGAUCCCCGACAACUACAACCCCGCUCAGCCCUUCACCAUCCUGUACGACAACGGCCAGAGCGUGGAGGUGGACGGCAAGCUGACCCAGAAGCUGAUCACCAACCUGCAGCCGGAGACGCAGUACUCCUUCCUCCUGACCAACCGGGGGAACAGCGCCGGCGGCCUGCAGCACCGCGUCUCCACCAUGACGGCCCCGGACAUCCUGCGCACCAAGCCCUACCUGAUCGGCAAGACCAACUCGGACGGCAUGGUCACCGUGGAGCUGCCGACCGUCCACACCACCCACAAAGUCAACGGGUACUACGUUGUGGUGGUUCCUCUGAAGAAGCAGCGCACGGGGAAGUUCCUCAAACCCUGGGACAGUCCGGAUGAGAUGAACCUGGAGGAGCUCCUGAGGGAGAUAAACCGGACGAGCGGAGGGUUCCGGUUCCGGAGGCAGGUCGAACCCAAACCCUACAUCGCCGCCUUCUUCAGAGAGCUGCCCACCGAGUUCACGCUGGGAGACAACAAGAUGUACGGAGAGUUCGAGAACAAGCAGCUUCUCAACGGCCAGGAGUACGUCUUCUUCAUUCUGGCCGUGCUGGAGAUCUCUGAACACACCAUGUACGCCACCAGUCCGUACUCUGACCCGGUGGUGUUGGCGGACAUCGACCCCCAGCCCAUCAUCGACGAGGAGGAGGGGCUGAUCUGGGUGGUGGGUCCCGUCCUCGCCGUCGUCUUCAUCAUCUGCAUCGUCAUCGCCAUCCUGCUGUACAAGAGAAAACGAGCCGAGUCUGACGCCAGGAAAGGCAGUUUACCCCACAGUAAAGAAAUACCAUCUCACCACCCCACCGAUCCUGUGGAGCUUCGCCGCCUCAACUACCAAACCCCAGGUCCCGGUGCCUCCGGUUAUCCCAGUAACCUUCAUCUGUCAAGUAUGGCCAGCCACCCGCCCAUACCCAUCAUGGAACUGGCCGAUCACCUGGAGCGACUCAAAGCCAACGACAACCUCAAGUUCUCCCAGGAAUAUGAGUCCAUCGAUCCGGGACAGCAGUUCACGUGGGAGCAUUCGAACCUGGAGGUAAACAAAGCCAAGAACCGCUAUGCCAACGUCAUCGCCUACGACCACUCCCGGGUCCUGCUGUCCGCCAUCGACGGAAUUCCAGGGAGCGACUACAUCAACGCCAACUACAUCGACGGCUACAGGAAGCAGAACGCCUACAUCGCCACGCAGGGUUCGUUACCCGAGACCUUCGGCGAUUUCUGGAGGAUGAUCUGGGAGCAGCGCAGCGCCAACAUCGUCAUGAUGACCAAGCUGGAGGAGCGGUCUAGGAUCAAGUGUGACCAGUACUGGCCCAACAGAGGCUCGGAGACGUACGGCCUGAUCCAGGUCACCCUGCUGGACACGGUGGAGCUGGCCACCUACUGCGUCAGGACCUUCGCUCUGUUUAAGAGCGGCUGCAGUGAGAAGAGAGAGGUGAGACAGUUCCAGUUCACAGCCUGGCCCGAUCACGGUGUUCCGGAACACCCCACACCGUUCCUGGCCUUCCUGCGCAGGGUCAAAGCCUGUAACCCACCGGACGCUGGACCCAUGGUGGUGCACUGCAGCGCCGGCGUGGGCAGAACCGGCUGCUUCAUCGUGAUCGACGCCAUGAUGGAGCGCAUCAAGCACGAGAAGACGGUGGACAUCUACGGUCACGUGACCCUGAUGCGGGCGCAGAGGAACUACAUGGUGCAGACGGAGGACCAGUACGUGUUCAUCCACGACGCCCUGCUGGAGGCCGUGACCUGCGGCACCACCGAGGUGCCGGCGCGCAACCUGUACGCCUACAUCCAGAAACUCACCCACAUCGAGACGGGCGAGAACGUCACCGGCAUGGAGCUGGAGUUCAAGCGUUUGGCGAACACCAAGGCUCACACGUCACGCUUCAUCAGCGCCAAUCUGCCCUGCAACAAGUUCAAGAACCGCCUGGUGAACAUCAUGCCGUACGAGUCCACACGCGUGUGCCUGCAGCCCAUCAGAGGGGUGGAGGGUUCCGACUACAUCAACGCCAGCUUCAUCGACGGCUACCGGCAGCAGAAGGCGUACAUCGCCACGCAGGGUCCUCUCGCCGAGACCACGGAGGAUUUCUGGAGGAUGCUGUGGGAGCACAACUCCACCAUCGUGGUCAUGCUCACCAAACUGAGAGAGAUGGGCAGGGAAAAGUGCCAUCAGUACUGGCCGGCCGAGCGCUCCGCCCGCUACCAGUAUUUCGUGGUGGACCCCAUGGCCGAGUACAACAUGCCUCAGUACAUCCUGCGGGAGUUUAAAGUCACAGACGCCAGGGACGGUCAGUCCCGGACGGUCAGGCAGUUCCAGUUCACGGACUGGCCGGAGCAGGGCGUGCCCAAAUCGGGAGAGGGCUUCAUCGACUUCAUCGGCCAGGUGCACAAAACCAAGGAGCAGUUCGGCCAGGACGGACCAAUCUCGGUGCACUGCAGCGCUGGCGUGGGUAGAACCGGCGUGUUCAUCACCCUCAGCAUCGUUUUGGAGAGGAUGAGGUACGAGGGAGUCGUGGACAUCUUCCAGACGGUCAAGAUGCUGAGGACGCAGAGACCAGCCAUGGUGCAGACGGAGGAUCAAUACCAGUUCUGCUACCGGGCCGGACUGGAGUACCUGGGAAGCUUCGACCACUAUGCAACGUAAGAGCGUCGGCGUGAGCGAGGGGCGGCGACGUGGGGGCCGUCCGAGGGUCACUUCUACUUCUGAGCCAUACGAAUUCCUGCUUGUGAAAAGUACUUCUUAAAAAAAAAAAAAAACUCCUAGUCUAAAAGACUCCGGACUCGAUUUGUUUGUUGGGUGUGAAUGAAAAAAAAAAACAAUAUAUGAAAUUAUAGUAUUAAUAAUAACGAAAAUAUAAAAGAAAAACCAGACGAAACAAGGAAAACUCCAGGUGGACCAAGAAACCCGUUUAAUUCACCCCCCAUGUUCCUUCAGACACCGGAACGCGGGACCCGCGGAGCCGUGGAGACGUCUCGGAUUCACGAACGCAGAUAAACGACAUAAAUAAAACAAAAUAAUAAUAAUCAUUAAAAAGAGAGACAGAAUCGCCCCCCCCCCCCCCGGAGCGACGUUUGAUGACACGAGCGUGAGCCGAGACGUCGUGGACUUGCUUGCUUGGCAUCACAUGGACGACGAGGAUCCACCGGCGGAGGAAGAAGGAACAAAACAGAAACAAAACAAAACAAAACAAACAAAAAUAAACGAAUAUAUAGAGACACGGACGUAUGUAAUAGUAAUAACGAAACCCUCUUGUCCUGAUGUUCGUCCUUCCGAUGGCGGGGUGCAGAAACGCCCGAAUAAAGGAGCUGCGGAUUUAGUUUUUUAGUACUUGAGUACACGACUGAGCGACCUGUCUGUCUGCCUUUUAUUUUGUUGGUUUGUUUGUUUUUUGUUUGUUUUGUUUGUUUAUAAUCAGAGCUCGCUCGGACUGUCUGACCCGACCUGACCCGAGUAUUAUCGACAUAUUGUUACGAACACGUCUGUAUUGUAUUCUUAUUUUUACGUUCCGCUCAUAUCUGUCGUCCAUGAUCACACACUCACACACACACACAGGCGUGCACGCAUACACACACACACACACACACACACUCACGCGUGCGCGGGGAACGUGGAUAUUUCGGGAGGCGCGUGGAAUCAAAAGGGGAGGCACAGUAUGAAGUUGCUGCUACGGAAUAUCUCAGUUCUUCCAUGUUUAUCAGACGAGCCUCUGAGACGAGCCCAGAGAGAGAGUAAAAUAUAGACAGAAAUAUAUAAGAUCACAUAUAUAUAUAUAUAUAUACGUAUGUAAAUAUUUAUACAACAUUAAUAAUGUAUACUUAUAGAUAAAUCAUAAAUACACACAGUAUAUCAGCUGUAGGGGAAUGAAGAGGUGCUUGACUGGAAUGCACAUCGCUGGGGCAGAAAUUCAGUGCAUCUUUUCUCGUGCAAUAAAUAAACCGGUGUGAC